CACGCCUCGCUCGUGGUUGCUGUUUUUCAAUCCUGAUCGCCUCCCUUUGCUGGCUCUAUGUUGCUUAUAAAGGCUUCGAUCCUGACGUUAAGUUUAUUCUCUGGACUUUCGUCGGCCCAGCCUUCUACGCCACCUUCGGAUGGCGAUGGCCUACAGUUGAUCGACGGGCAGCGUCUGCCUGAUUUCUGGUAUGCCUACGAUCUCGACGACGCCGAAGCCUCGGCUCUCCCCAGCCUCGAGGCGGCUUACAUGCAAACCACCAACACGACCCCCAACAAUUUGGCCGUCCGUGAGCCCGUCCAGGUCUGUGAAAGCAGCCUCUCCCGCAUGUCCCAAUGCGCAACCAUUGCAGGGUUUGCCUUCACCACGACUGCGAGCAUUGCCGCAGCGAUCUGGGCUUGGUCCCACCAGAAGGAUUGCAGCUACCACUCUGGCACGAUCGAGGGCUGGCAAUAUGAGUUCCAUGCCACCGGCCGCAACUGCGACACCACCGCCCAGCAGAAGACUAUCCAGGGCGCCAUCUACCACUAUCUCACCGCGAUCGAAGGUAACACGGUCUGCGGCACACAGUGUCUGUCGCUAAAGCACGGAGGCAGCUAUGCCGGCUACCUGAAGAUCGGCAAGGUAGGCGUCUUCGACUCCGCCGCCUAUUGUGGUCCCACCCUGCAUUUCGAAAACUGUGCCUCGGGUGGGGUGAACAGCUUCUAA